AUGUCUUUCAUAUUCAAAUCCCCGCUAGACGUUGAAAUCAACCUUGAUUCAGAAGACACAAGGGAAGUGGUAGAGGUGAACUCAAGUAAGGGCCGUAAGGAACGAUUACUACUCUACAAAGAUGGAGAAACCGUAAGAGGGGUUGCUAUUUUACGAACAAGAGACAAUAAGAAAGUUGAGCACAACGGAAUCCGGGUUCAACUACUAGGCACGAUAGAAACUCAUAAUGAAGGCAAAGUCACAAACGAUGACUUUCUCAGCUUUGCACAAGAAUUAGCUGCUCCUGGUGAGCUCAAAAAUACAGAGUCAUUCAACUUCGAGUUUAGAAAUGUGGAGAAAAUGUACGAGAGUUAUAGAGGAACCAACGUCCGAUUGAGGUAUUACUUGAAAGUCACCGUUUCAAGGAAAAGCGCAGAUAUCAUCAAAGAAAGAGAGUUGUGGGUAUACCAAUAUGUUCACUCCAAUGGUGCAGCUGCGAAGAAUGGUAGCUCAAGUGAUAAACUAAGUUCAUAUUCUGCAUCGACAACCAGUGAUAAGAGUAUCGCUUCAAAGAACUCCUCUGGCCAAGUUGAUAAGUCACCUUCUGCUGUAUCCACAGUCAAAAUGGAUGUCGGUAUUGAAAGCUGUUUACACAUUGAGUUUGAAUACUCCAAAAAUAGAUUUCCUUUGAAGGGGGUCAUUGUGGGAAGAAUAUAUUUCCUUUUGGUAAGACUCAAGAUAAAGCACAUGGAACUAAGCCUAAUUCGUAGGGAAACUGUCGGAAGUGGAGCAAGCCAAGUCAGUGAGAGUACUACAGUAGUCAGGUUCGAAAUCAUGGACGGCGCUCCAGUUAAAGGUGAAACAAUUCCCAUCAGACUCUUUUUGGGUGGCUUCGACCUGGUGCCUACCUACAGAGACGUCAAUAAAAAGUUCAGCACGCGUACAUUUCUGAGCUUGGUUCUCAUUGAUGAGGACGCAAGAAGGUAUUUUAAACAAAGUGAAAUCAUACUAUAUCGAGAAGAAUAG